AUGCCUUCCCCUCAGCGCCUCCGCCUAGCCUGCUCCCAAUCCCGUACCCUCUCCACCCUUUCCGCAACUCUCGAUGCCCUGGCCUCUACAACUCGAGCCGCCGCCGCCGCCGGCGUCGACCUGAUUCUCUUCCCGGAGGCUUACCUCGGCGGGUAUCCGCGGACCUGCUCGUUCGGCAGCACGAUCGGCGCGCGGAGCGACGCGGGCCGGGAGCAGUUCCUCCGGUAUUUCCGGGACGCGGUCGACCUCGGAGACACGCCGCGCGGCGCCGGCGAGGACUGGGUCAAGCGCAGACUACCGGUCCCCGCGGAGAAGGAGUACCGUGGUGACGGGACACGGGAGUUCCUCGAGCGGUUGGCGAGGGAGACGGGGGUGUUUCUCGUCACGGGGGUGGUGGAGAGGAGCGGAGGGUCGCUUUAUUGUAGCGCGGUGUAUGUCUGCCCGCGGCUGGGGUGUCUUGGGAAGCGGAGGAAGGUUAUGCCCACAGGCUCAGAGCGCUUGGUGUGGGCGCAGGGUUCGGCAUCGACCUUGCGGGCGGUCACGACUACGAUCAAAGGCGUGACACUUACAAUGGCGGCAGCGAUCUGUUGGGAGAACCUCAUGCCGCUGCUGCGUCAUUCGCUCUACAGUCAGAACGUCAACCUGUGGCUGGCGCCGACGGCGGAUGCGCGCGAUACCUGGCUACCUCUUGUGCAGACCAUUGGAAACGAAGGCCGCUGCUUCGUGAUGAGUGCUAUUUCGUGCGUGCGGAGGAAGAACCUCCCGGAUUGGGCCCCGGAUGGGACGACAUAUGAUGUUGCAUCAAAAGAACUCGCUCCGAAGACAUCUGCUACGAAUGCGACUACCUCCUCCAGCGACCGUCGACGCAGAUCCACCGUUACUAUUAAAGAAGGGGAACAUGAGCUCGUCUUGCCUCGGGACGAGAGUGAAGUCCCUGCCACUUCAGACGAUGUCGCAAAGCCAAGCGGAGCUGCCACAGUUGCCCAGAAAUUGGGAAGCGCCAUCGCUGAUGAUAUCGAUGGCGACGAGUUUGUUUGCCGUGGAGGCUCCUGUAUCAUCGGUCCUCGAGGUCAGAUCCUGGCGGAACCCCUUUGGGAGGUCGAGGAUGGGGGAUUGAUUGUGCAGGAUGUCGAUUUCGAUGACUGUGAUCGCGGCCGCCUGGAUCUUGAUGUUGCAGGAAGCUAUAGCCGCUCUGAUGCAUUCAAACUCACGGUCGAAGGAUUGAAUAUUGAUCCGCCGGCUUAA